UGCAAAUCAGCUGAUCCGCCACGGACAUCUUUACGAGUCACGACUGCGGCGAUUAAUUCAUACCUCCUCGUCUGUGCUUUUCGGGCCCCGCGGAUCUUUGACAGCUGCGACCAUGGCGCUCAGCGAUGCAGACGUUCAGAAGCAGAUCAAGCACAUGAUGGCCUUCAUUGAACAGGAGGCCAAUGAGAAGGCAGAAGAAAUUGAUGCAAAGGCGGAAGAAGAGUUCAACAUCGAGAAGGGCCGUCUGGUCCAGACUCAGAGGCUGAAGAUAAUGGAGUACUACGAGAAGAAAGAGAAGCAGAUCGAGCAGCAGAAGAAAAUCCAGAUGUCAAACCUGAUGAACCAGGCUCGACUGAAGGUGCUGAAGGCCCGCGAUGAUAUGAUCUCGGAAAUGCUGAAUGAGGCCCGUCAGCGGCUCGGUAACGUCUCUAAAGACCCGGCCAGGUAUCCAGCUCUUUUGGACGGACUGAUCUUGCAGGGCUUCUAUCAACUUCUGGAGCCCAAAGUGACUAUUCGCUGCCGUAAACAGGACUUGCAGAUGGUACAGGCUUCCAUCCAGAGGAAUAUUCCCAUAUAUAAAGCAGCUGUGAAGACCAACCUGGAGGUCCGCAUCGAUCAGGACAACUUCAUCUCCCCGGAUGUUUCUGGAGGUGUUGAGCUCUAUAAUGGUGACGGGAAGAUCAAGGUGUCCAACACCCUGGAGAGCAGACUGGACCUCAUGGCUCAGCAGAUGAUGCCUGAAAUCCGAGUGGCUCUCUUCGGCGCCAACCCGAACCGCAAGUUCAUGGACUGAGUGGAUCCGCCGUACUAGAGAAAAUCUCCCCGUUUAUUUUUUAUUUUGUCAUAUGAAAAGACGUCAUUCCUCUGUCUGUGAAGCGAAUUUCCGAUGCAAACGAGGCGCAUUGUUGUCGUGUGAUGUAUUGCUGUAUUUUUCUGUGCAUUAAUGGACAUGAUAGACGCUCCGACUCAAUGCUACAGAUGUGCGCUGUCAGUACUGCACAGCUGCCGUGACUGGUUUACUCUGCUGCUUCCCUUUUGAGGGUCCUGGUUUACACUGUUUAAAAGUGGCGGAUUGGCUGAAUGUUUAACAGGUUGUCCUCUAAUUGGAUCAGUUUCCGUGACAAACAUAGCAACUGUGUCACGGUUUCCCCACCUUCAUGAACUUGGACCCCACAUUAAGUGUUAUUAAGUUGCAUGGGGCAUUGUGUUGCUAAUGGGUGUCUGCUCCAACCAAUCAGAGAAAAACGUAGCAUCCAAGAAACUAAACUGAACCCUGCACAUGACCUUAGAGUUAAUUUAUUGAUGUUCCAGCCACCGUACAUCAUUCUGCCAUGAAUAAAACAAGUGGAGGUUAUCAUUCCAGAGUGUGCACUGUAUGUAUAUGAGAUUUCCAGAUUAAAUUAUACGUAUGUGUG